AUGACUUCCGAGACCGGUCAAUCACCCUCAAAUAUCCGAAUUCUCUCCCUCAACUGUUGGGGUCUCAAAUUUAUUUCCAAACUCCGUAGCGAACGUCUUACCGAAAUCGGUGUUCAAAUCGCCGCUGCAAGUCCGCAGCCAGAUAUCGUUGGCCUACAAGAGUGCUGGACUCAGGAAGACUACCAUGCGAUUCGUGAGAAGACAAAGCACAUACUGCCAUAUGGAAAGUUCUACCACAGUGGUAUCUUCGGUGGCGGGCUAGUCAUCUUGUCACGGUGGCCCAUCAUCGAGAGCAACAUGGUGCGCUAUCCGCUCAAUGGACGGCCUGCUGCAUUCUACCGUGGAGACUGGUUUGUUGGUAAAGGUGUUGCUUGUGCAAAAAUACAAAUGGGACCUUCCCGGGGAGAUAUUGCAGAAGUCUUCUGUACACAUCUCCACGCCCCUUAUGAGAGCGAACCCCACGACUCCUACAUCUGCCACCGCACAGCCCAAGCAUGGGAAAUCACAAAGCUCAUGCGUGCAGCCGCCGAACGUGGACAUCUUGUAAUCGGCAUGGGCGACUUCAACAUGAUUCCGCUAUCCCUCGCACACCGUAUAAUAGAGACGCACUCGCGAGUCCGCGAUGUAUGGCGCAUAUUACAUCCUGAUUCUUCGAUCGGCGCAGCAAGGGACGAGGUUGAACGCCGUCGAUGCGUACCAAUGCCGUCUGCCGAGUUCAACAUGACUAUCAAUGGAGCGACAUGUGACAGCGAAUUUAACUCCUGGAGGUGGAACAAGGGACAACAGAGGCGUCUUGCCAAGGGCGAAAACGUGCAGGUCGAUCCUGCCGUCGAAGACCCCAAUGCGAAGCGGCUAGAUUACAUUUUCUACAGCAGUGGAAGAUUUCAGAACCCAGAGACACAGGAAGAGACAGCGGAGUGGGAGCUGAAGGAAGCGAAUGUGGGCAUGGCAAUGCGCCACCCUACAUUACACUGCUCUCUCAGUGACCAUUUCUCCGUGGAGGCGACAUUGACGAGGACUCCGACUGCUCUGGCAGCUGCUCUGCUAUCUCCUUCGGCCCUACCCGAACGAUUCCUGCCUAUCGAGACUUACGACGAGAUCCUGGCUACAACCAUGAAGUACGAGGCUAGGGAGCGAGUGCAGCGCAAGCUACGAAUAGGGCACUUCUUCUACCAACUAUCAUUCUCCAUUGGGUGCCUGAUUGGUGUGUGGUGGUCACCAAAAAACUAUGUUGCUUUCAUUUUGAUGCUUUUGAGCACCCUGGGGUUCAGUGUGGGCGUCGUUGACGGAUUGAUGGGGCUGUUGUUUGUUGGUAGCGAGCUCAGGGCACUCAAGGAGUUUGAAUGGGAGGUUAGGAAUGCCCGGGAAAGGGCGUUGAAGGCAAGAUCCAGGAAGACCACCUCCGAGGAUAGCCAGGUGUCAGACGCUCAUAUCCAUAUCCCACCGAAUCUCGUACACUGCCUAGACGACCUUGAUCGCGCGGUUCGGAAGUCCGCAGCCCUCACGAUGAGCGAAUCGCAGCCCCAGCCCCAGCAGCAGCCCAACAGCGGCCAGCAGCAACAGCUGCUACGUCCUGACGAUAUACUCAAACUGCAAUGUCUUCCUGAAGACGAGAAGCAAAAGUAUCGCUUGAUCAUGCAGAAUUUCUGGAACAUCUGCAACACGCACCAGCAGGGGAGCCAGGAAAAUACCAAUGCUCGCCAGAAGUUGACAGAAUGGUCACAAAAGUUCAUUACACGCGAGCGCCAAUACAGGGCCAAGAUGAAGGCACAGCAACAGCAACAGCAGGGAAACCAGAACCAGGGACAAGCAAGCCAGCCUAAUGCCGUUGGCCAACAGAACCAGAACCCCGUCAAGCAAGAAGGCGGCCAGGCUCGCGCCGAAAACACCGCGGGGGCAGUCGGCCAACAGCAAUCUAACCAAGGCCAAAACCAAGGUCGCGGCCAGGUGGAUCCUGCUAUAGUAAAGCACGUCCACGAAUUCCCUAUGCAGGGGCCGUUGACCGGACCUUCGCCGGGCACGCCCGAGUAUGAGGUCAAGCUGAAAGAAUAUCGGACGGGUUACUUGAACAUGCUAGCGAAGCAGGCUUCUUUGAACGAGAGUAGAAAGAAACUCAUGCAACAACUGAGCGAACGACAAAGCAACGGACAAGAUUUGCCACAAGAUCUACUCGUCUUGAAGGGCAAGAUCGAGAAGGAGCAUACCAAUAUGAGGGCACAAAUUGAUAAGUUUCGAGCUUUGCAGAAGCAGUGGAAGGAAGAGCGCGAGCAAAACUCGCAGGGCCAGGCACAGGCGCAGACCCAAGGCCAAAACUCAGCACAAUCACCGCCGCCACCGCAACAGCAGCAGUCGUCGCAACAACAACCUCAACCCCAGCCGCCUCAAAGACAGCCAUCGCAGCCCAAUGCCUCUGCGCAACCUCAGGUAAAAGAGGAGCCUCAUAUCAAGGUUGAGGGUGGACAGCCACAGCAGCCGCAACCACAAACGCAGCAGCAAACGCAGCAACAGCCACAACCUCAGCAAUCCCAGCCCCAACAACAAUACAACAUCCAGGGAAACCAGGGGAAUCAGCAACAACCACCGCAACAGCAACAGCAACUCAACCAGCAAAUGCCACCUUCACUUCCUCAACAACAGGCUCGGCCACCAGUGCCUCACUCGCAAACAAUGCCACCGAAUCAAAUGCCGCAAUUCGCGCAACAGCAGCAACAAAACUUUCACCAGCAACAGCGACCUCAGAUCAAUCCCAUGCAAGCCAACGCUCACCAGCAGAGCAAUUCACCACACCCGCAGUCUGCAACCGGAACCGGUCCGCCAGUUCCCCUCUCUCACCAAGCUGCCGUUAGUGCUGCGAACCGAUCCUACACCGACCCCCAGCGCACAAACACACCCAUGCAGCAAGGCGGACAAGGUGGUAACUUUGGCAGUCGCGAGCGCGAGCAAAUGAACAACCCCAAGAUGCCGAUCCCUCGUCACCUGAACGUAACCUCACCGCAAGCCGUCCACAUGGGUCAAGCGCGGCCAACUAUGAGUGGCCCUACAAACGGUGCGCCAGGACCAAUGGGUCAGCCCGUCAUCCCGCGACCACCGCCCUUCCAGCUUGAAGGUGACGGCGACCGUGUCCUCAGCAAGCGCAAGCUAGACGAGCUCGUCCGCCAAGUCACAGGUGGCUCAGAAGAAGCCCUUACACCAGAAGUCGAAGAGGCUGUCCUCCAACUCGCAGACGACUUUGUUGAUAAUGUCAUAAGCAACGCCUGCAAGCUCUCCAAACUCCGCGAUUCUCCCCAGUUAGACAUUCGCGAUAUCCAGGUCAUCCUCGAGCGCAACUAUAAUAUCCGCAUCCCGGGCUAUGCGUCCGAUGAGGUUAGAACCGUGCGCAAGAUUGUGCCUGCGCAGGGUUGGGCGGCCAAGAUGAAUGCGGUCAAUGCGGCGAAAGUUAUGGGUGGGAAAACAGAUUUUUAG